AUGGGAACGACGUCUGAAAGUUUGCAAUCUAAUCUAAAUGUGUUUCUGCAGCAGUAUCGGAAGGCGCCUCACACUGAAACCGGAGAAUCACCUGCCAAACUAUUUCUUGGUCGAAACAUCCGAACUCGAUUGGAUCUUGUGCGUCCCAAGAAUGUCAACACAGAUAUCACUGAAAAACAAGCAAAAUUCGAUCCGUCAUUCCGUACAUUCGUUCCUGGACAGCAAGUUUAUUUCAUUUCGGGAAAUUCACGGAUGGACAAAUGGAUUCCUGGAGUUAUCAUUUCACGUUUGGGAGAUUUGCACUACGAAAUUUCCAACAAAGAAAAACGUCUGAAACGUCACGUCGAUCAAAUCAAAUGCUACGAAGGCAACGAGUUAACGCACACAACAUCAAACGGAACAGAGUUUUCCACUUUAGCAUCAGGUGAGAAUACUCGGCGCGUUCGUUAUUACGGCAGCAGUAUGACGUCACAAGAGCAGACAGCCGGUAAUAGCUCCAGUCUUUCGGUUCCAGCUAAUUCGCCUGAGGAACAAUUCGUGACACCAAGUACCAGUCCGAAUCGGUCCAAUGAAAUUCAUCUCCCCGCGUUGCGUCGCACAGGAAGACUGCGCCGUGCCCCUCUUCGGUAUUCUCCGUAA